GAAGUGCGUCAGGCGCGGGCGGAAGCGGGCGGGGGCCGGAGGGAAGGUGGCGGCGGCCGCGCCAUGGUGGAUUACAGCGUGUGGGACCACAUCGAGGUCUCGGACGACGAGGACGAGACUCACCCCAACAUCGACACCGCCAGUCUCUUCCGAUGGCGCCACCAGGCCCGCGUGGAGCGCAUGGAGCAGUUCCAGAAGGAGAAGGAGGAGCUGGAUAAAGGCUGCCGCGAGUGCAAGCGCAAGCUGGCCGAGUGCCAGAGGAAGCUGAAGGAGCUGGAAGUCGCCGAGCCGGAGAGUGGGAAAGGGGAGCUGGAGAAGCUCCAGGCCGAGGCCCAGCAGCUGAGGAACGAGGAGAAAAGUUGGGAGAACAAGCUGGAGGAGCUGAGGAAGAAGGAGAAGAACAUGCCCUGGAACGUGGACACGCUCAGCAAGGAUGGCUUCAGCAAGAGUGUUUUCAACGUGAAGGCCGAGGAGAAGGAGGAGACGGAGGAGCAGAAGGAGAAGAAACACAAAACCUUCGUGGAGCGAUACGAGAAGCAGAUUAAACACUUUGGGAUGCUGAGGCGCUGGGACGACAGCCAGAAGUACCUGUCGGACAACCCUCACCUGGUGUGCGAGGAGACAGCCAACUACCUGGUCAUCUGGUGCAUCGACCUGGAGGUGGAGGAGAAACACGCGCUGAUGGAGCAGGUGGCCCACCAGACCAUCGUCAUGCAGUUCAUCCUGGAGCUGGCCAAGAGCCUCAAGGUGGAUCCCAGGGCUUGCUUCCGGCAGUUUUUCACCAAAAUUAAGACGGCGGACCAGCACUACCUGGAGGGGUUCACGGAGGAGCUGGAGGGCUUCAAGGAGCGGGUGCGGGGCCGGGCGCGGGCGCGGCUGGAGAAGGCGCUGCGCGAGUACGAGGAGGAGGAGCGCCAGAAGCGCCUCGGGCCCGGCGGGCUCGACCCCGUCGACGUCUACGAGUCCCUGCCCCCCGAGCUGCAGAAAUGCUUCGAUGUCAAAGACGUUCAGAUGCUGCAGGACACCAUCAGCAAAAUGGACCCAACCGUGAGUGUUUUACCCCAAAAACCCCUUGAGGGGUCCCCAAAUCCCUCAGGGGUGUCCCUAAAUCACUCGGGGGUGUCCCUAAAUCACUCGGGGGCGUCCCCAGAUCCAUCGGGGUGCUCCGCAAUGCCGCUGUGCCGGCGCGGCGGCCGAGGCCGAGGGCUGCGCGUUCCAUAA